GUGGCAAUGGGUGCUACGAUGGUACGCGAUUCGGUAUGUUUUGUGUGGUUAAUGGUGGUGGUUGUCAACAUUCCUUGGGCUAACUGUGGCCUUGACGAGGAACGGAAAGCGGACGACCGGCGCGCUUUAGCACCGGAAGCGUCCGAACUGUCCGGGAUUGAAAAGUGCCCCCGGAUGAUGCACUACGUGUUCGAAGGUUACGCACCAAUCGGUAAUAAAAAUGCCGGAAACUUUACGGAAAAUGCGAAAGCAACCACGCUGGAAGAGUGUGUACGCGACUGCUGCUUGAAGGGUGCGAAUUGUCACACGGCGUUCAUAUUUAAUCAAACCUGCUAUCAUGUGAAAUGCAUCAGUAACGAUUUGUGCCUUCCGGCGAAAAAGGAUACCACCUCGACGCUGCGCAUGGUGCUGGUAAACCCGAUCGACGAUGGGUUGGUGGUAGAAGCAAGCUGGUGGGAUGUGUUAAAGAAGGCACAGGAAAAACGGCUCGGUGGCGGUGCACCUCCUCCGGUCGUUCCUCCGGUGCGAAUAGCGGAAGAUGAAGGGGAAGAAAGCUUGCUGGGCAAGCUGACGGAAAUGUACAAUUUGGCGAAUGGGGUACCGAGAGCUAGGGGUGAGGAUAAGUAUGGUCUUCCGUCGGUGGAGGACAUUUACCGUGGGCCGUACAAAUCGCUCGAUUAUGGUGCAUCCGGUGUGCCAGGAUUUGAGAAGUACGCCAACAACUACAUACGCGACCAGUACGACGAGGAAGCGGAAGAAAGCAAGUACUACGCGGAGACGAAAGCGUUACGCGGAUCGAUGCGACCAUGUGAUGUGACGCGGGAAGAUUCUUGCGGACGGAACGAGCUGUGUGUGCGUGUUGUACCGAACGUUCGGCAUGGCAUCUGCACAUGUCCGGAAGGAUUUGAACGAAGCGAAAAGGAUGUUUGUCUAACGAAGGAACAAAUAGCGGACGGGCAGCAGCAGCAACAGCUUGUUCCACAAAUGUUGUCCGCCCAGAAGCUAACGAUGGGCAUUGGUAACGGUGACACCGAGAUUGAUCCUCCCCAUCCGAGCACUACGAAAGAGCUAACCGUUUCGGUAGCUUCGAAGGAUGUACGUCUACCCACGAAUGAAGCCACACUGUCGGCGUACGUUAUACCGGAUGAAAAAACAAGCGGCGACAAGUACAACUACCUGUGGACACUUGUGUCUCAGCCGAAAGGGGACAGUAACAGUACGAUCGCGGAUCAAACGAAAUCUAUCGCAAAGCUGUCCGGUUUGGCGGAAGGACUUUACCAAUUCAAAGUGACAGUUAACGGUCAGAACGGUUCGUACGGGGAAGCGUUCAUGAACAUUACCGUACUGCCGGAGCAGAAAAUUAACAAACCACCGCGUGCGGUCAUAACGCCCGCAAAUCAACCGGUACGCUUACCGAACCAUGAAGCGAUCCUCGACGGGAGUGCGUCAAGUGAUGAUGCAAAAAUAGUCCGCUGGCAGUGGGUGUUGGCUCAGGGACCGCUCGGAUAUCAGCCUGAGCUACCGGAGGUCAGUACGUUGCAGCUGAAAGAUCUCACGAUCGCAGGCAACUAUACGUUCAAUCUAACCGUGGUGGACGAGCAAGGAUUAAGUAACAGCACCACGGCCAUCAUACAGGUGCUGAAAGAGAUCGAUUACCCGCCGGAAGCGAAUGCGGGCAAAAAUGUAAUACUUUAUCUACCGAACAAUAAUGUUACGCUGAAUGGAUCACUGUCGAAGGAUGAUAAUGGCAUUGUGGCAUGGGAGUGGACCAAGAUCAGCACGAAUCAGUCGAAAGCGGUUGAUAUGCAGAAUACGCGGACACCUUUUCUGCAGCUGUCAAAUCUUGAGGAGGGUGUGUAUGCGUUCGAGCUGAAGGUGACGGAUGUGAAGAACCAAAGUUCCACCUCGAUGGUGCACGUGUUUGUAAAACCACCAACCAAUCGUCCGCCGGUGGCAAAAGCUGGCGUUAACGGUACGACGAUUUAUUUGCCCCAAACAUGGAUCAUCCUGAAUGGGAGUGAAUCGAGCGAUGAUAUUAAAAUUAGCUCGUACUACUGGCAACAGAUAUCGGGACCGAAUACGGCGCUGAUCGUGAAUGGGAAUGCUUCGAUAGCGAAUGCAACCGCAAUGACGAUAGGUGAUUACGUGUUCGAGCUGAUCGUGUCGGAUGACGCGAAUAAUAAUGCAACCGAUCGGGUGCGCAUUACGGUGGUGCAGGAAAAGAACACGGCACCAAUUGCAAAUGCUGGUGGAGAUCAGACGGUUACACUGCCCACCAACAUACUCGUGCUGAACGGUAGUCGAUCGAGCGACGAUCUUGGCAUCGUGCGGUACAGCUGGACCCGGGAACCGAGCAGUUUGGCGAUGGGCACUAUCAUCGGUGGUACUGACAGCAAGCCGGUUCUUAUGCUAACGAACAUUGUCACCGGACGGUACGUGUUUAAAUUGACUGUGUACGAUGGACAAGGCUUGUCCGCUUCCGACACCGUAAGCAUCAUAGUGCAUCCGGAUCCGCUGCUGAUGAGCUUGGUCGAGGUAACGAUCACAACCGAAGCAACCGUACUGACGGCAACCGAGCUGGACUCAAUUGAGCAAAAGCUCACUCUGCUAAUCGGUGACAAUAUGGCGAAGCUGCACGUUCGCGAGCUUAAAGUGGAACCGAGAACUGGGCAGGUUGUGAUUGUAUUUUACGUGGAGAAAAAAUACGGUCUCGAGGAUAAAGAAAAACAGGAGCCAAUGCCAGCGCUCGAAGUGGAGCGUAUACUGAAGGAAAAGUUUUGGCGUGAUUACACCAUCCUGGGCACAUCCGUGGUCGGCAUACGGACGACGGUUUGUCAGAAUGAUUGUUCCGGCCACGGUGUUUGCAAUGCGGAAACGCGCGAAUGCAUCUGCCAAAGCUUCUGGAUGCCGGAUAUUUUUUACUUUUGGGGUAUUGCGGAGGCUAAUUGUGAUUGGUCCAUACUGUACGUGAUUGUUGGUGUGCUGAUAGUAUUUUUUGUACUGUCUGGUAUCUGCUGGGGUAUUACCUGCCUUUGUCGAAGGACGGCAAAACCACGCACGAGGCCAAAGCCGCAAAAGUAUUCACUAUUGCAAACACACGACGAGGAAUUGCCUUCAUUUAAUCGCGCCGGAACGACCAUAUCCGAUAGCGAAACCGAUUCGGACGUGCUGUUCGAGAGCCGUUCCCGACAAAACGGGCUUCUGCCGGGACGAUCCGGCAACGGUGGCUUACCGAACGGUGAGCUAAGGAACGGUGCUGGCGGCCAUCCAAAGUACGGUGUUACGCGGCUAGGACGACGCAUAAAGGCUUAA